CUUCGGUCGAGCCUCAAGCAACCGAAGGCUCCUCUAGAAAGUCAGAAGAAUCCGAACGUAAUUCACGUGGGCCUGGGAUGAAAUUCUUCACUACGUCCAUUUUGUGUUUGGUGAGCUUGGGUGUCGUUAAUCGGGCAAAGUGCAAGACUUAUCAAAUAGCAUGUGAGAAUAUCAUACUCUCGUGUUUGAGCCCAUAAUAAGAAACUCUGAGUCCAUGGUUGGAAAAUGCUUUCCGAUAAUUCAUACCCGGAGAACGUCAGUCCUCGACACCACACACAGGAAGAGCGAAAGCAAGCGAUUGUGCUCAUUAUAUUGGUUGAUAUGACGGCGCUCGAUCUCAUACUUUUGAGUCCAGGUUUGUUACAUGUUUGGUUCCUUUUGAGACACAUUCACUUACUCGAUGACAGUUCGAAGUCUUUCAAGGUCAUGAGACACUGGAGGUCAUGAAGCCGGAGACAUAUGGAUGACUUGGCUCGCUGACAGAGAGUUCAUUUUUGGAAGCGAACGCCAGGCCAGAGGCAGCUUGUAUUUAAUGUCACAGAGGUUACAAGCCCAGGAACUCUUUGAAGAAGUGUAUCGCGUCAUCAUGCACAAUUGGUGAGCCAUAAUACAACAACAUACUAAUACGGCGAAGUCUGAAGUGUGUGCUUGAGAUCGUAGCGGAUUCUGAUAUGUUUAGUGAGAGAUUCUUACGGGAGAGGUCAAUUGAACUGUUAAUUUGAUGAAUGAAAAUUUCGAAAUCUUCUUUGGUG